AUGGCCGCUUUCUCCACUCUCUGGACUCAGAGACCUCAGAGUCUGGACCUCAGAGUCACGACUCAGAAACCUCAGAGUCUGGACCUCAGAGUCACGACUCAGAGACCUCAGAGUCACACCUCAGAGACCUCAGAGUCACGACUCAGAGACCUCAGAGUCACGACUCAAGGACCUCAGAGUCACGACUCAAAGACCUCAGAGUCUGGACCUCAGAGUCACGAUUCAGAGACCUCAGAGUCACGACUCAGAGACCUCAGAGUCACAACUCAGAGACCUCAGAGUCACGACUCAAGAGACCUCAGAGUCACAACUCAGAGACCUCAGAGUCACGACUCAGAGACCUCAGAGUCACGACUCAAGAGACCUCAGAGUCACGACUCAAAGACCUCAGAGUCACGACUCAAGAGACCUCAGAGUCACGACUCAAAGACCUCAGAGUCACGACUCAAGAGACCCUCAGAGUCUGGACCUCAGAGUCACGACUCAGAGACCUCAGAGUCUGGACCUCAGAGUCACAACUCAGAGACCUCAGAGUCUGGACCUCAGAGUCACGACUCAAAGACCUCAGAGUCACGACUCAAGAGACCUCAGAGUCACGACUCAGAGACCUCAGAGUCUGGACCUCAGAGUCACGACUCAAAGACCUCAGAGUCACAACUCAGAGACCUCAGAGUCACGACUCAGAGACCUCAGAGUCACGACUCAAGGACCUCAGAGUCACGACUCAAGAGACCUCAGAGUCACGACUCAAAGACCUCAGAGUCACGACUCAAGAGACCUCAGAGUCUGGACCUCAGAGUCACGACUCAGAGACCUCAGAGUCUGGACCUCAGAGUCACAACUCAGAGACCUCAGAGUCUGGACCUCAGAGUCACGACUCAAAGACCUCAGAGUCACGACUCAAGAGACCUCAGAGUCACGACUCAGAGACCUCAGAGUCUGGACCUCAGAGUCACGACUCAAAGACCUCAGAGUCACAACUCAGAGACCUCAGAGUCACGACUCAGAGACCUCAGAGUCUGGACCUCAGAGUCACAACUCAGAGACCUCAGAGGCCCCCCCGGACCCCCUGGCCCCCCUGGCGCCCCUGGACCCUCUCAACCCUACGACCGCUUCAAUCGCUUUGAAGACAACGCCCAGAGCUACGGAGGUCACAAAGGAGACAAAGGAGACCAGGGCCUUCCCGGAGCGCCAGGAUCUGGCAACGUGGACGUUUAUGGUUACCUGAACGACCUGAAGGGGGAGCGAGGAGAGUCUGGACUGAAGGGAGAGAAGGGAGAGCCCGGCGGAGGCUCCUAUGAUCCCAACGCUGUUCUACAAGGACCUCCAGGGUCUGCAGGAGCUCCAGGUCUACCAGGGCCCAAGGGAGACUCUGUGGUGGGACCUCCAGGACCUCAGGGCCCUCCUGGAGCACCAGGUGUGGGGUACGAUGGUCGGCCUGGAGCCCCUGGUCCUCCUGGGCCCCCAGGAAACCCCAGCUCCACAGGACAGGGAUACGGAGGGUUCCCACCUGUCACAGUCCCUGGUCCUCCUGGUCCUCCCGGGCCCCCAGGAGCCCCUGGAAUCACCUCAGGGGUGACUGUCCUGGGCUCCUACAGCAGUAUGAUGGCCUCUGCGCGGCGACAGCCUGAGGGAAGUCUCAUCUUCAUUUUGGACAAAGCAGAUCUGUAUCUGAGAGUGAGAGACGGAGUCAGACAAGUCAUGCUUGGAGAUUAUAAUCCGUUCUUCAGAGAUUUGGAGAAUGAAGUCGCUGAAGUCCAUCCUCCUCCAGUGGUGGUCUACCCCCAGUCCCCCGUCCACAGAGACCAGUCCAGAGACCAGUCCAGAGACCAGUCCAGAGACCAGUCCAACGGAGCGGGGCAUUACUCAGAGAGCGCAGUGAGACCGUUGGGGCCUCCAGAAGGACCCUCUCAGUACCCCCCACACUACGACCCUCGCUUCCCCGACCCCAGGUUCACACAGGGCGGGCACACGGACCCCAGGACGGACCCCAGGAGACCAGAGACCCAGUACCCUGUGACCACGCAGAGAAGACCCCACCACCAUCACAACCAGAACCAGCACCAGCACCUGAACCCGAGCCCACACAUCGACACCGGGGCAUCAGGGCUGCACCUGAUCGCCCUGAACUCGCCUCAGUCUGGGAACAUGCGUGGGAUCCGAGGAGCAGACUUCCAGUGCUUCCAACAGGCUCGGGCUGUGGGCCUCAGAGGGACCUUCAGGGCCUUCCUCUCCUCCAAACUACAGGACCUCUAUACCAUCGUACGCAAGGCAGACCGGGACCAGCACCACAUCCUCAACCUCAAGGGUCAAGUCUUGUUUGAAAACUGGGAGUCGAUCUUUGGGGAAAACGCUCGGAAACUGACGGAGAACGUUCCCAUUUACUCCUUCGACGGUCGGGACAUCCUCCGGGACAGCGCCUGUCUCACUCUGCUCUCCCUCUGCUCUCCCCCUGCUCUCCCUCUGCUCUCCCCCCCUCUCCCUCUGCUCUCCCCCCUCUCCCUCUGCUCUCCCACCAUUUCUCUCCCUCUGCUCUCCCCCCUGCUCUCCCCCUGCUCUCCCUCUCCUCUCCCUCUCCCUCUCCCCCUGCUCUCCCUCUGCUCUCCCCCCUGCUUUCCCCCUGCUCUCCCCCCUGCUCUCCCCCUGCUCUCCCUCUCCUCUCCCCCCUCCUCUACCUCUGUUCUCCCCCUGUUCACCCCUCUCCUCUCCCCCUGCUCUCCCCCCUCCUCUCCCCCUGCUCUCCCUCUGCUCUCCCUCUCCUCUCCCUCUGCCCUCCCCCUCCUCUACCUCUGUUCUCCCCCUGGUCUCCCCCUCCUCUCCCCCAUGCUCUCCCCCUGCUCUCCCUCUCCUCUCCUUGUGCUCUCCCCCUGCUCUCCCCCGCCUCUACCUCUGGUCUCCCCCUGUUCUCCCCCUCCUCUCCCUCUGGUCUCCCUCUGGUCUCGCCCCGGUCUCACUCUGCUCUGUGGUUCCAGGCCUGAGAAGAGCGUGUGGCAUGGGUCCAGCGCUCGGGGUCAGCGUCAGACGGAUAAUUACUGUGAGACGUGGAGAGCGAGUGACGGAGCCGUGAGUGGACUCUCCUCCUCUCUGACCUCUGGACUCCUCCUGGUCCAGACCUCCUCCUCCUGCUCCUCCCAGCACAUCGUCCUCUGCAUCGAGAACGCUCUGAGCCCUCACAGCAAAUAA